AUGACGGGUAUAUUGAUCAAUGGGAUCCAUUUUUUGUCCGGUAUCCAAACCGGAACUGGCAAGAAAGCCCCUAUAAGGAAUAGCCAGACCAAGUUUCGGUACAUUCCACCUGGCCCAAAUAGCCUUUCGGGCCCAAUUAGACCCCAAAUGACAGAGGCAUCAAAGGUGACUCGGAAUUUAGGGCAAGUCCAUGGGCUCUCCGGAUGCAAUGCCUCCACGUCACAUAUGUUGUCUAUGCUUCCCAACAUCCACCAUGCUACGCCAAGGUUGACCGUGCCAGAAACUAAUAUUGACAAGAAGUGCAAAAUACUUACCUGGGCCAUGAACAUGCUUCGUGGUGGGAUUUUCAUAAAGCGCGUGAAUGGUACUUAUCCGACCGUAAAUUUUGAAAAGCAGAUUUGCAAUGGGUUUUCCUGGAAGGAUAUAUCCAAUAAUGAACUGUGCAAUUAUGUCGUAUCCAGGUUGCUGCACAACAAGCAACAAAUAUGUCAAAAGUUCACAUUAGAAGUGUUACAAUCCAAGCCAAAGCAAAUGCAAAGAGCAUUCCCCACCAUGGAAGCUGCACGUCCUCUUUCCACACAAACGACAUCAUCAGAGACAAAACUAUGCUGCCUAACAGUAAAACGAGAAACCACCAUUGAGGCACUUGUUUGUAGCUUUGCAUCAGCUUUGCAUUUCAAUGUAGCUAACCUGCCGUUAAACAACGCGACAUGUGUGAGUGUCGCUGUAAAUCUUGCGAAUCCCGAUCCAAUCGAGAGUGCGAAUAACGGGCUAAGAAAUGUUGAGAUCAUAAUGUGGGGUCAAGAUCUUAGUAGUAUCAUAUUUGUGUCCACUUGA